AUGAGAUCAGUCUUCACCCUGCUCGCCGCCGCACUCUUCAUCGUGGCCUUCGUGCUGGCCAGCACGGCCAGCGCCAACGACAAGGACGUCACGAUCGUGGGCUCCUCCUCGGCCGUGGCGGGCACCUACAUUGGCGAGCCCACCGUCUCACAGGUCGACACCACGGCCACGGCGGUCACCACCCCGGCGGUGGUGGUCACUGCGCCCGUCACCACCACCAAGUCCUCCGGGCUCGUGGGCAACAGCAACGGAGCCCUGCUCUACAUCUCGACCGACUCGUCAGCCGCUGCCGGCCUGUCGCCCUUCUUCUUUUCCCUCUUCUUCUAA